GGGGGGGGAACGGGCUCUGCCAGCCUUCGCCCAUGGCCCAUGUCCGAUUCCUGUCAGAUGGGAACUCGGUGAGGGUGAGAGCGCGGUGGCGCGGCAGGCAGCAGACGGCACUGGUGGCCCUGCAGCCCAAGGGAGGAGGUGUGGUGGGGUUGGCGGACGAAAAGGUGUACCUGUCUCGUCUUGACUCGGACGUCCUGGGCAUGUUGUCGUUGGCAUCGUCCUGACUCGAAGGCGGCGGCGGCUGUGUUACUAAGCCUGUGCUGUCCGUCAUCAUCGUGAUGUCCCCGCUGCCCUGGCGGAAAGGGACAUCCGGGUUGCUGAACAAGAUACAAAGGAACUCGGCCGCAGUCUUGCUUACAUGGAUGGCAUGUCCAGGAAUAGGAUCGUGGAGAUGCGCAGAUAGAGUGCGGGUGGACAUGAGAUGCGGCGGGUGCGCAAGGUGGGGCGAGAAUCAAGGCUUCGUUCGACUGGGAAAGGGUCUCCAAGAUGGAACAGGGCCGUCCAGAAACCCAAUCCGACGAGGGG